GACUCAAACUUGGCACUGGACGGAGGGUAGGAAUCUGUUGAGAAUUCGGACUGCAAGCUGGUGCUCACCAUGUUUGGGCACACCUGCAGUGGCCCGAGAUUCCGCAGCGGCAAGUCAUGUUUGGUGGUCUCAGGUAGAGCUGUUCCAGGUGCCUAGCACUCCAAACGUAAAUUCUCUCUGAAGGAAGUCAGCAUGGACCCAGGCCAGUAAGGAGUGUAGGGUGCCAUUGAGUUCAGGGGGGCUAGCAUAUGAAAAAAUGUGCGUCUCGAAAUGUGCGUGCACGUGUGUGUGUGGUAUGCACACAGAGAGAAGAUACCUUUUUGGGGUAGAAGGGACCUACAAAAUCGUGUGGGGGAUUCACCAUCUGUACCCCUGAAGACAGGUGGCUCCCCACAUAGUGCACAGGUAAUGGACUUGCUCUGGCUUCCUGAAGGGGACUGGCCACAGAGGAAGCUUCCAGACUCCCACCCGGCCCCUUCCUGACGACACGCGGUGCUGCCCUCCCCAGUGCUGCCGACAGCCUUGGCCUGUGGGGCCACUGGAGUCUCUUCUGGCCGUGUGCACUGAUGGCCUGGCUGGCUCCCCACAGCCGAGCCCUCCUGGCCUUUCCCGUUUGCUGAAGUCAGAGACCCACUCGUUCCCUGGGCUCCUGGAACAAGUCCUUGAAUUACUUGAGCUUUUUCUCCAGGAAGCCUUCCUGAGGGCUCACUGCGGCCCCACCAGGGUACCCCACUUUCCUGUUUGCCUGGGCCUUCUCCCACCCACUCCACCUGUACUAGUCCUUCCUUCCAGGGGACUGUAGAGUGGCAGCAGCUGGAACCAGACCCUCUUCCCCUGACCUCUCAAAGCUGGUCCACAGGAGAGUGAGGAGUCCCCGCCCUCCAUACUCGGGGUGGGAGGGUGCCCUGUUAGACAUGUGGAAUUUCAGGCCCUGUCCGAGACCUGCUGAAUCAGAAUCUGCACGUUAACAAGAUUGGCACCCCCAGCCCCAACCAGGAGAUCCCUCCCUGCCUGUGUGCCUUACAGUCUGAGAAGCCUGAGUUGAACUGACGCAGGGUGCCCUGAAGAAAACUCCCCACGAAGCCUGGUGGCCUGCAGUCCGGGCUGCUCCCACUCCUGUGUCCUCCACCCAGGCCUCUUCCCUACAGGUGCCCCUUCAGGCCCGGGAGCCCCGCACCGUGCCAGCCUCACAUCACACCUGCAAACCUGCUCUGGGCACCAAGUUCUGGAGCCCAAGGGGGGCCUUCAAAUGAAGCCCUGCUGCCUCCCGUCAGCUGUGACAAAGAGUGCUGUGGUCUCCCCUUUGGACAGGGGUUGGCCAUCCUUGUGAGGCCCUAUACCCUGGGACACCAGCUGUUCUCUUGCCUGCCAGGCCCAUGAUCAAAACAACGCUGUGCACGUAGCUACUUGUGCACACAGCCCCCUGUGCACACAAUGCCUGUGCACGCAGCCACUUGUGCAUGCAGCCCCCUGUGCACACAGUCCCCAGUGCAUGCAGUACCCUGUGCAUGCAACUACCUGUGCACACAGCACCUGUGCACCUAGUCCCCUGUGCACGCAGCCCCCUGUGCAUGCAGCCCCCUGUGCACACAGUCCCCAGUCCAUGCAGUACCCUGUGCAUGCAGCUACCUGUGCACACAGCACCUGUGCACCCAGUCCCCUGUGCAUUCAGCCACCUGUUCAUAUAGCACCUGUGCACGCAGCCCCCUGUGCACCCAGUCCCCUGUGCACACAGCCCCCUGUGCACACAGUCCCCUGUGCAUGCAGCUACCUGUGCGCGCAGCACCUGUGCAUGCACUCUCCUGUGCAUGCAGCCCCCUAUGUACGCAGCCACCUGUGCACACAAUCCCCUGUGCACGCAGCCCCCUGUGCAUGCAGUCCCCUGUGCACUCGGACCCUGUGCACGCAGUCCCCUGUGCAUGCAGCCCCCUGUGCACGCAGCCACCUGUGCAUGCAGUCCCUUGUGCAUUCAGCCACCUGUGCAUGCAGCACCUGUGCACGCAGCCCCCUGUGCACGCAGUCCCCUGUGCAUGCAGCUACCUGUGCACACAGCCCCCUGUGCAUGCAGCCCCCUGUGCACACAGCCCCCUGUGCACGCAGCCCCCUGUGCACACAGCCCCCUGUGCAUGCAGUACCCUGUGCAUGCAGCUACCUGUGCACACAGCACCUGUGCACCCAGUCCCCUGUGCACGCAGCCCCCUGUGCACACAGUCCCCUGUGCACGCAGCCACCUGUGCACGCAGCCACCUGUGCACGCAGCUACCUGUGCACGCAGUCCCCUGUGCACGCAGCCCCCUGUGCACGCAGCCACCUGUGCACGCAGUCCCCUGUGCACGCAGCCCCCUGUGCACGCAGCCCCCUGUGCACGCAGUCCCCUGUGCACGCAGCCCCCUGUGCACGCAGCCCCCUGUGCACGCAGCCACCUGUGCACGCAGCCUCCUGUGCACGCAGCCACCUGUGCACGCAGCCACCUGUGCACACAGCCACCUGUGCACGCAGCCUCCUGUGCAUGCAGCCACCUGUGCAUGCAGCUACCUGUGCGGUAAAAAUCAGAGUCCCCAGGGCUUUAGGAGCCCUGCUGUGUUGUCAGGUGUCCCUCAGCACUGCUCAGGACCUGCUCUUUACCUGUUUUACAGACGAUAACAAGACACUCUUAGUGGUUAAGUGACUUGCACAAGGUCACACAGCUAACAGCUGGUAGAGCAAGAAAUUAAACCCAGGCCCGUUGGUCCCAUGCAUUGCUUUCCUCACUGAGUCCCACACUGGGGGGAGUGGAGGAGAGGGGAGGGGACAUGUCCCUGGUCCUCUCACUGUAAGGGUCCUUAAAGGUCAUUUCACUCAUCUCUGCUUACAUAUGAGGAAUCCCAGGCCCGGAGGGGUGACUCAAGGUCACAUGGUGAGACAGGGAUAGCACCAGGGCCAGACCUGGGUGUCCACAUCAAAGUGAUAGACUCCGGCAGGCAGCAGAAACAGAAUAAUCCUGGGCUCAAAUUCCAGGAAGCCCUGGAAGUCUCCCAGCUGGACAUGGGGGUGCAGGGCUGGUGUUGAGGCCAGGGCAGGGGCCACUAGUCUGGCUUCCUGACCCUAGGCCAGGAGACACAGGUCAAGGCAGCCUGUGGUCCCAGGGCUAGCACGCCCUUAGCUCUGCUCCCUAGUGGGCAUCGCCUACCUGCAGACCUGCUUUGGAGCCGCAAAGCCAGUUCCAUUCCACCUGCUGGCAGCGGCAGGUGGGCUUCCAGGGGGCUCGAAAGUCAGGCUGCACGGAGCCACUCCUCCAAAUGCUUCCCCCACCUGCAGCCACUGCAGAAAGCUGCUUUUCCAGAACUUCCUGCAGAGUCACUCGCCCCCCCCUUGGGGCCCAGCAAUGCCACACCUGUUCUAUCAUCUGCUUGCCAUUUUCCUUUUAGCAAUCUCCUUUCACUUACGCAAAGUUAUUUGAAAAAGGAACUUCCUAUUACUAGCCUAAGUUGAAAAUCAGAAUCACUAUAAUUAAAAGGUAGCUAUAAAAAUAAAAACAGCAAAAUCUAUCACUGUUACUACAACCUAACAGGCCUUUGCCCGAGACAGGCCCUGAGUCUGGGCCGGCCGCUGGACUUUGUUAAAAGGGAGAGACAGAAAGAAACAAGUGUUGGAGACCUGCUAUCACCAUGCUGAGACUUCUCUUAGAUUACUGAGAAGUACUGGAAAAUACUGAGCUAUGGAAGGAAAUACGUGUCUGAGCACAUGGUCCUGACCACCAGUGCUGUCCGUGCACCACCCAGACGUCUAGGGCCUCGCCCGAGCGCACCGGAGACUCUGCUCCCCGCUGCCGUGCCCCAGCCCUGGACUCAGCCCUGCCUGCUCCCCCGCCCCUGAGUCACGGGCCGACCUCGGCUUUGAUCGACCAUCCUUGACUUUCAACCCCCGGCUCCAGCUCCUGGCUUCACACCUGGUAUCAGGACCAUGACCAAUGGCACGCCUACUUGCCCCGGGCCUUCUAAAGAGCUGGAGAGACGGCAGCACCAGGACAGACCUGCGCCCUGGCCUCACGGAGGCGGCACAGCAGAAGGACGCUGACAGAGCAGACAGGAGCUGGACAGAAUGACGUCCCUCCUCCAGGUGGUCGGAGAGGCUUCUCAGAGGAGGAGCUGUUCGAGGCGCCACAGAGAAUGCAAAGCAGCACGGGGAGGAGAGAACUUCAGCCCUGCGGCAGGAACCUCCAGUGUCCCUCGGGGUCCUCAGUUCGGGUCUGCACCCAGAAAGGGGCAGGCCCAGGACGCACCUGUCCUGGUGUGUCGCCUGGCUGUGCCGGCUGAGAGAGUGAGUCCCAGGCCCUGACACAGAGGAGCCUUGCGAGGCCUGUCCACCCCGCGCCUUCUCCGCGACUGCUCUUUGCAAAGUGAACGCCCUUGCAUCUGGGGCAAACAGACCUUUUGGGUUACAAGUGACAAAAACCCCAGUUAACCUGACAAGGAAGGAAUUUAUUACCUGAAAA